CUGAAUUUGACCGCGAAAUAUACUCGUGGGUUUUGACUAAGAUAUACCCAGGAUCUUCAAAUUUUGGCAUCAACAGAAUGACACAGAAUAAGCUGUAUACCCUGGCUUUCGUGCUGGACGCAGGUAGAAUUUUACUCGGUAUGAAAAAACGUGGCUUCGGCGCGGGAAGAUGGAACGGGUUUGGCGGGAAAGUUGACCCCGGGGAAUCUAUUGAAGACGCUGCGAAAAGGGAGUUGUCUGAGGAAUGCAAUCUAAAGACGAACAAGUUAGAUCAGGUUGGGAUUCUGAAGUUUGAGUUUGUUGGCCAGCCUCAAAUCUUGGAAGUUCAUGUUUUCAAGACAAGCAAAUAUGAAGGAACUAUUCAAGAGUCUGAAGAAAUGAGACCUCAGUGGUUUGAAAUAGAUCAAGUUCCAUUUAAAGAAAUGUGGCCUGAUGAUGAUCUUUGGUUUCCAAUGAUGUUGAAUGAUGAAAAGUUUGAGGGAUAUUUUAAGUUUGAAGGGCAUGAUAAAAUAUUGGAUUAUACACUUACAAAACUUUAAAAUAUAUAUAUUUAUCUCUUAAUAAAAUUUCACACAUUUUAAGGCUA